GUAACUUCUCUGCUUAGCUGUUUUUGUCUAGCUGGGUUUCUGGGGGUUCGACUUCUUUUUUUCUUCUUCUCAAUAUUUUGUUUGGGGAAAAGGGUUUGAAAUUAGUGUUGAAGAUAAGAUUAUUUGAGAUUCUGAGGUAGUGUUUUGGUCAAAGGGAUCUCUUUUAUUACAUAUCGGUGUGAUUCUUUGGGUUUAAUUUCUGGAAGAUUAUUGUGAGCUUGCUGAAUGCAGCCUAAGAGUUAAAAUGUCUGAGUGAAAUUGAUCUGGGUAUUAAGGGAUGGAUCCAAAGUCUCUUUCUUUCUGAGAAAUUAGCAGUUUUUGUUUGUCUGUUCGUUAGGGUUUUGAUUUUCGUGGAGGCUUAGCUACUGCAAUUUCUUUCUUGAGUUCUGUUUGAGAGAGAGUAUGGCUUGCAUGAAGCUGGGAUCCAAAUCUGAUGCUUUCCAGAGACAAGGCCAAGCUUGGUUUUGCACAACUGGACUUCCAAGUGAUAUUGUGGUUGAAGUUGGAGACAUGUCUUUCCAUCUCCACAAGUUUCCUUUGCUCUCUAGAAGUGGAGUCAUGGAAAGAAGAAUUGCGGAAGCAUCGAAAGAAGAAGAUGAUAAAUGUCUCAUCCAGAUAUCUGAUCUUCCAGGCGGAGACAAAACGUUUGAACUAGUCGCCAAGUUCUGCUACGGUGUGAAGCUAGAACUCACUGCUUCCAACGUUGUAUACCUCAGAUGCGCCGCUGAGCAUCUCGAAAUGACCGAAGAGUAUGGAGAAGGAAACCUAAUUUCUCAAACCGAGACUUUUUUCAACCAAGUAGUCCUUAAAAGCUGGAAAGAUUCAAUAAAAGCCCUGCAAAGCUGUGACGAGGUGCUGGACUACGCUGAUGAAUUGAACAUUACCAAGAAGUGUAUCGAGUCACUAGCUAUGAGAGCAUCCACAGACCCAAACUUGUUUGGAUGGCCAGUUGUGGAGCAUAUGCAGAGUCCAGGUGGCAGCGUUUUAUGGAACGGGAUAAGCACAGGGGCAAGGCCUAAACACACUAGCUCAGACUGGUGGUACGAGGAUGCCUCAACGCUUAGCUUUCCUCUUUUUAAGAGACUUAUCACAGUCAUGGACUCCAGAGGCAUAAGAGAAGACAUCAUUGCCAGUUCCUUAACCUACUACACAAAAAAACACUUGCCUGGCCUAAAAAGACGACGUGGUGGACCUGAAUCCAGCGGUCGUUUCAGCACACCUUUGAGCUCGGGGAGCGUACUGUCCGAAGAAGAGCAGAAACACUUGCUUGAAGAGACCGAGGAGCUUCUACGCAUGCAAAAAGGUUUAGUUCCGACCAAGUUUUUCGCCGACAUGCUUAGAAUCGCCAAGAUUCUGAAAGCUAGUCCGAGCUGCAUAGCGAACUUGGAGAAGAGGAUAGGGAUGCAGCUUGACCAGGCGGCGUUGGAGGAUCUUGUAAUGCCUAGCUUUUCUCAUACUAUGGAGACUCUAUACGACGUUGACUCUGUGCAGAGAAUCUUGGACCACUUUCUUAGUACGGAUCAGAUUAGGCCCCUUGACGUUGGCUCUCCUUGCUCUUCAGUGGAUGAUGGGAAUAUAAUCGGAUCCCCACAGUCAAUAACACCAAUGACAGCAGUUGCAAAGCUGAUCGAUGGGUAUCUUGCUGAAGUUGCUCCUGAUGUUAAUCUCAAGCUUCCUAAGUUCCAAGCCUUAGCUGCUUCUGUUCCUGAAUACGCCAGACUCUUAGAUGAUGGACUCUAUCGCGCAAUAGACAUUUACUUAAAGCAUCAUCCGUGGUUAGCAGAAACAGAAAGAGAGAAUCUUUGCAGGUUGUUAGAUUGCCAGAAGCUCUCUUUAGAAGCUUGCACUCACGCCGCGCAGAACGAGAGGUUACCUCUAAGAAUAAUUGUGCAAGUCCUCUUCUUUGAACAGCUUCAGCUCAGGACCUCUGUAGCUGGAUGCUUCCUGGUCUCAGACAACCUUGAUGGCGGGUCAAGACAGUUAAGAAGCGGCGGAUUUGCAGGAGGAUCAACCGAAGGAGGAGGAGGAUGGGCGACUGCAGUAAGAGAGAAUCAAGUCUUGAAAGUUGGAAUGGACAGUAUGAGAAUGAGGGUUUGUGAGUUAGAGAAAGAAUGUUCAAAUAUGAGACAAGAGAUUGAGAAACUUGGUAAGACGACAAAAGGUGGUGGUGGUGGUGGUUCGGGAAGCAGUAGCAAAACGUGGUUUGGUAUGAAGCUGAAGUCACAUCAAAUGUGCAGUGCUCAAGAAGGAUCUGUGUCAAAGUCUAAUACCGAGAAUGUGAAGAUAGAGAAGCUUAAGGAUGUGAAAGAACGUCGUGGGAAGCAUAAGAAAGCUUCGAGCAUUAGUUCUGAGAGGUGAACAAUGGUAAAAUUUACUCGCUUGAAAUGUCAAGCUUACCGUCUUUGAGAUUGUUUAGCUUGUACGAGCUUCCACUGAUGUAAUGUGUGCAUUGUAGGGUAAAGAGCUUACAUGUGCUUGCUUUCAUGCUUUUUCUAUUUAUUUCAAUUGUCUAUGAAUCUUUGGUGACCAACUAUUUUCUUGUCAGUGUUAUUUUCCUUUACUGGGAACUUAAAAAGAAAUCAGAGAAAAAAAAAGAGGGG